UGGGUGAAAGGCUAAAGGAGCUGGGGUGCUUCAGCUGGCAGAACCCCUAGGCUGCAGGCCUUGAUAAAGGCCAAAACAGGUGCUGACAAACCCACCCAGCCUGGUCGGUGCAGCCAGUGGAGCUGUGAGAACAAGGGCUAUGGAAAGAGAUGGAGGUGAAAGGGCAAGACAGAAGAUAUCUCAGUAGGAAAGAAAAACAUUUUGUACCGUAGACGCCUGGCUGAGCCGCCUCUCCCUGAAAGAUGACACUGCUGCAGCUGCCUGGGAAUGGUCUGUCUCCUUCAGCCAGGACUCCUUAGGCAAUCGGUAGAUCUCCAGCCAAGCUUCUGUGCUGCCUGCAUUGGGAAACUGCAUUGAGCAAUUGGAAAGGAGGAGAAAAGGUUUCUCAGGCAAGAGGACUCUGCUAUUAUGUACCCUCAAGAAUGGGAUUAGUGUUCCCUUUCAAAUAUAGGAUCCCCCAGCUCAUAUCCCCACAAAGCCCCAUAUCAUGGAUGCUGAUCUAGGGAGUACAGCUAUACAGACUGGGUCAUGUUGCAAAGUGGUCUUCUAUUGGCUGCCUGCGGGGUGUCACAUGUCCUGCUUUUCUAGCCCUCAAGGUUCCAGCAGAGCUCCUUUGUGGGGCAUCGAGACCCUUCUGCCCCAGAAGGGGGCAUUCACAUGGCCCUCACUGCUCUGAGACUAGAACUGUGACUAAAACUCCUGUGCUUUGGCGAGGGUUGUUUGCUGCAGCAGGUUUGGGGAGGGCGUCUCUGUGCAGUUCUCCAGCCUGUGUCAGAGCAGACAGCCUCUCAGUAUACAGGCCCAUAUGCUCCCAGUGUAAAUGUGGGGCCUGGGGACAGGGUUGAGGAGCUGGGGUCGGUGAUUAGAGCAGGAGGAGGGAGUCUGCUUUGCUUUGAAUGGCCUGUCUGGCAGCCCCAGAGCGAGCUGCCUUCCAUGAGCUGGCCGCACGGGCUGGGUCCCUGCUGAGCCUUUUGGCAGAUGAAAGGGAGGAGCAGUGUCAGCUCUCCUUGCCUGGAAGGACAGGUUGGGUUGACUCAGGAGAGCACUGGGGAAUCCCAGAGGACCCUCCCUAGACUGGUGAAUAAGUUUUACAAAGCUGCAUGAGCUGCAGGCCCCACCCAUUGAAGCAGGGCAGCCAGCAUUUGAUACACUGCAAAUCCCUGGCACUUGCCUUGCAGCAGGAUGCCUGCAUAAUCGCCCCCCUGGGAGAGCUCCGCCUCCACACAGGUGUUUCUCUUGCUGAUCUCUUCCUGCCAAAGAAAAACAUGCUGGCAUCAGAAAAGGCUGCGGCUGCUGAGCAGGGACAGUGAUGCUUGCUGUGGUGCGCCCUUAUUGCUAAUACACCUGGGAAUUUGACUGCAAAGAGGCAGGUGCCCUGGGAACAGGUCCGGGAAGAACGUUCCAUGCGCAGAGAGUUGGUGUGGGAGCAGGAGGGGAGGAGAAGAUGCCCUUGUUCUUGGGGGUUUGCUCCUGCUCCAGGAUUCUCAGAGCCAUCCAACACACAUGCAUGUUGCUUAGCUAUUUAUUAGAGCGUAAGGCUGACAAAGAGACGGUGAUAAUGAAGCUCAAGGAGUUGGAAUCUAGCAUGCGCUCUGGCCGUAAAUUGUUCAGACUGGGCAACAUGGUGCAUGCCAUGGUAGCAGCCAGGCGAACUACCCAGCUACCAGACCUGGUACCCCGUCUCUGCCUGACAGCCUCCCACCUCAACCGUGUCCUGUAUUUCAUCUGUGACACAGUCCUGUGGGUGAAGAGUGUUGGACUCAUCCCUGAUGUUGACAAGCAGAAGUGGCGGAAUUGGGCUACCAAAUGCUAUUACUAUUCACUGCUGAUGAGUUUGACCAGGGAUUUGUAUGAGAUCUCCUGGCGGAUGGAACAGGAGGCUCACAGGGAGAAGGCAAGGAAGGAGAACUCUUCUCACUGUGGUGAACAAGAUCAGGACCUGUUCGGUUUCCAUGCAGGUGGGUUGCAGCCUUUUCUCCUCCUGCUGUACAACACCCUGAGGAAACACCCUCCCUUGUUGCUAGACACAGUGAAGAACCUUUGUGAUCUCUCUAGUCCUUUGGACCAGCUGGGAAUCUAUAAAACCAACCCAGGAGUUAUUGGGCUCUGCGGCCUCCUCUCGUCCCUGGUGGGGAUCCUCACAGUGGCAAGUCCACAUAUGAAGCUGAAGCACUGAUCUGAGAGCAUCAUAUACGGUGAACUGGCAGGCUUGUUUCCCUGGCAGUUUUCAUUCCCAGGAUGGUAUUUUAAAAAUGAACAUUUUUGACAAUCGCUCUUCAUACGUGGUUUGUUCUCUGGAGGAGUCAGCUUUACUUCCUCCUCCUCCUCCUCCUUCCUGAUAUCCUCUCAGGUGAGGAGCUGCUCUGUGCUGUGACAUACUACAUGAUGGAAGAGAACGGUGAACAGGCUGAGCGAGGACUGAGUAAAACAUCCCUGAAGAAUAUUGUGAAACAUGGAAAUCAAGACUUUACAAAUUGCUGCUAGUUAAGGACAGAUUGCUGUCUCCUGUAUUUGAAUAUAGACAUGUGGAAUAGCUGCACAGGCAACUAAAAUUGUAUAAAAAGCCAUAAGUAGUGGUGCUGACACUGGAAAGGCGGAAUUCACCAAUGGGGGUUCAUACAAUUAUUUGUCUUUCUUGAACACAUUCAAGCAGGUUGGUACCAGGAAGGCUUUGGGAACUGUAGUUCAAAUGGCCUGAAUUAAAAUGUGAGUUCUGAGGGGGAUGGAGGAUGCCAGGGGACUCGUAAUUGGAUAUAUGGAGCUUUUCAUCUCUAGGCAGUGGUUCAAAUCCAGCCCAGGCUGGUAGUAACUGAAGGGUGCAACUGUUUGGUGAUAUAGUGGCCACCAUUGAAUAUGUAUUGGUGGGACUGGAUCCAGUUCCUAGUGAAUAGAUGUCUAUAUUCCAGAAACCACCACCCCAUCUGCCCUCCUUGUUGACAAUACAAGGCCAAGGAUUGCCUGGGCCAUGGAAUCUGAAUUCCUCUCUAGAAGGGUCCUUCCUGGUCAUGGUUAGGUACUGUCUUUUUCCAGUGUAUGGGGGUAGCUUACUUCAGUGCUGCUCAUGCUGGGGAUAAGCAAAGGAUUUCAGUCUCCAUGAUUACUGAUCUGGCACCAUUCACCAGCACUAGCCUUCCCCCAGAUACACACACCAAACCCCUUGCAAUCCCAGGAGGGUGAUAAUUUCUGUAUUCUCUGAAGCAGCUUUUGCACUGAUACUGCUUUAGUUUUGCUGAAAGUUUUCAAAUAUCAGUUUUAAGUCCUCCUGCUAUUGAAAGAAACCUGCCCCAGGGCUUCUGGUGAGUGAGCUGGAAUGACACUGCCAGGGGGUGUUGUCAGAAAAGGGAACUUACACUCUUGGACUGGGAUAAACUUGCUGAUGCCAAAAUCCUUUGAUAAGCACCCGCAAGAAGAGAAUCCUUUUAUCUGACCCUCUCUAGAGUGCACCCCAUCGUGGCCACCUGCUCGGAUAAGGACAUGUGGUUUUCUCUUAUGUCACCUCUGUUUGUGUGGGUUUUACGGAUCUCACGUCCCUUUUGUUCUCCCAGCCAUCUAGGUGGAAUGUUGCUUUGAAUUAUUACACAGGUUAUGGGAGAAAAUACUGUCUAAUUUUCUAACAUGUAUGAUGUGCGUUAUUUGACAUCCUUGUGGGUGAGGGGGACUGACUUUACAGACAUCCCAAUUUCAUUAGCAUCUGUGACUCAGCUCCUGUAGAAUCUACUUGUGAUGCAAGAGCCAAAACGAUCCCUUCUCUGGGUCUGAGCCUGGUCUGUGAUCUCUGCUCACCACCAAUGCAGAGACUUUGCCCCUCCCCACAGCUGGGAGGGCAGGGUGGUGAGUUUACAAACAUUCCCGGUAGUUUUCUGGUACAGAGGGACUGUGGAAGGGCCAGCCUAGUCACACUCAAGUGUCCAAGUAAGACAGCCUAAGAGUGAAAAAACUCUCCUGUGCGGGGAAGGGGGAUAAGUGAGGAAAGGUUUUCAGGCUGGCUGGUCUCUUCAAAGCCUUCCACCACCAGGGGCUGACCUGUAACACCACCACAUGGUUCUGACAAGGAUGCUUAGGCUUCCAGGCUCAGUGCUAUGGGAUUCCAACAGGCCUGUCUUAGUCCUUUCCUUAGGCAGGUCCCUAGAUUUUAGAAGCUAAUACUUGCUGUUCCCCCUGCGAGCUGGAAGCUAUGGGUUUAAUUUAUUUAAUUUAGCUUAAUAUAACUAAAGCUGGACAAUCAACCAGAAGGAGAGAAUUCUUUAGGUCAGCCUCCUGGAAUAAGGGCUGCUGCUGCUGUACAUUGUCUAGGGAAACACAACCAAUAAACUGAAGCUGAGUUUGAA